CGCUGUGGAUCUAAAGAAAAGGAAAAAUAAUAAAUGAAAAAAGAAAUCAAAUCUGCGGCUUCACUUAUAUUUCUCGCCUCCUUUCGAUUUUCUCCUCGGGAGGGUGUUCGAUUUGUAAUUUCGUGCACCCCCUGAUCUCUCCCCUUCUCUCCCUCUCUCUCCCCGUGCAAUGGCGUCGGAUGGGUUCUCUGACAAGAAUGCUGUCUUCAGAAAACUGAAAGCUAAGUCAGAAAAUAAGAUGUGUUUCGAUUGUAAUGCAAAGAACCCUACUUGGGCGUCGGUGACUUUCGGGAUCUUCCUCUGCAUCGAUUGCUCUGCCGUGCAUCGCAGCCUCGGCGUCCACAUUAGCUUCGUCAGGUCUACAAACUUAGACUCGUGGACUCCUGAACAGCUGAAAAUGAUGAGCUUUGGGGGAAACAACCGUGCACAGGUUUUCUUUAAGCAGCAUGGAUGGACUGAUGGUGGCAAAAUUGAGGCUAAGUAUACAUCAAGAGCUGCUGACUUAUAUAGGCAGAUACUCUCAAAAGAAGUUGCUAAAAGUACGGCAGAAGAGACAGGUUUAAUAUCAUCGACUGUUUCUUCUCAGUCAGCACAAGCUGAAAAUGGACUCCCUGAUGUCAAGACAAUUGAAGGUCCAAAAGCAAACUCUUUGGAAAGGCAAGAAGUACCUGAUACCUCUGCUUCACUUAAAGCCCCUCAUGCAGUUGUUACCAACGCUGUUAAGAAGCCACUUGGUGCAAAGAAAAUUGGAAAGACAGGGGGACUUGGUGCUAGAAAGCUUACUACUAAGCCAAGUGAAAAUCUCUACGACCAGAAGCCUGAGGAACCAGUUAUUCCAGUUUCCUCAACAAAGAGCUCUCCUACAGCUGGCUUAUCUCUUGCAAAGCGCUUUGAAUAUGUAGACAAUGUCCAGUCUGCCGAGAAUAGCUCUAGUGGGCCACAUAUGAUCAGCCAUGUAGUCCCACCAAAGUCAUCAAGCUUCUUUGCAGAUUUCGGAAUGGACAGUGGUUUUCCAAGGAAAGCUGGCUCAAAUUCCUCAAAAGUGCAAAUUCAGGAAACUGAUGAAGCAAGGAAGAAAUUCUCGAAUGCAAAAUCUAUUUCGUCGGCACAAUUCUUUGGUGAUCAGAGCAACCCUACUGAUAUAGGUGCUCAAGUAUCUUUGCAGAAGUUCUCAGGUUCAACUGCCAUCUCCAGUUCUGAUCUUUUUGGUGACAGCACAGAUCAUUCCUCAAUUGAUCUUACUAGUGACCUCAUCAAUCGACUCUCUUUCCAGGCACAACAGGAUAUUUCCAGCCUGAAAAAUAUUGCCGGAGAGACUGGGAAGAAACUCAGUUCAUUGGCGUCCACUUUAAUUACAGAUCUUCAGGACAGAAUCGUAUGAUGCUAGGUAUCGGGGAACCAAAAAGAAAAAAGAAGAGAGAGUUUGUCAAAUUACCUGCUAAAUAGUGGAUAUAAAAUGCCUUUCAGUAUAAAUUUAUUUGAAAAGACAAAAACAACAUUUUUAGAACUCUUCAGGCUUGGGACAGGCUGGUGUUCUGUAGUGCAUGUAUUUUGAGACUCAUUAUAUUUGUCAGUUUCUAUUUUUUUGA